CAGCUCAUUAAAUAAACAGAUUUUGCAUUAAUAAAGUUAAUUACUGUAAGGAACGCCCACUGGGACUUGAGUUGAGAUUUUUUCCAUCAUUGAUCUUUUGACUCACAAGCUUUAGAAGGUUUUUUUUGUUUCUUUGGUGGAAUUUUGAUAUACCACGGACUUGCUUUAGGCCGCUGCUUUCUGUCGUGCGCUUAAAAUAAAGAUAAUCACUGUAUUCUACGGACUAUUCUGUAAACAGUGAUAUAAAUUUUAUUCAGAUAUGUCCAGUAGAACCCGAGUUAAGCAGUUUUCCACUUUGAACCUUUAGUGAAUAGGCAGCAGGUUGUUGUCUCGAAACUGCUCUUGAAGUACCGCGAGUUUUCAAUUAUUGUUUGGUCCGUUAAAAGAGAGAUGCUUAUGAUCAAAAUAAAGCACAGAGCUCCACUAUGACACAAGCGCUUUGGUCAAAUUUAUGAAUUAGUUAAUUAGUGUAAGGUACGCCUACUGGGACUCCAGGCCAGAAGUUCAUUAGUAUAUGUUCAGUUGAACUUGAGUGUUAAGCAUUCUUGUUUCGCGUGACCUUGUGCCAGAUGGCUCUCAAAUGAUUAUCACAACAACUGAAUAGCUUUCCAAUCACUGAGAUUUUUUGAUAGUUGUUAAGCCCGCUAAAUUAUUGGUCAUCAUGCAGAAAAGUAGACGAACUGGCAUUACGAAACAAUAGCUUUUAUUAAAAACUCCUCCUACAUAAAGCGAAGCACGCGUCUACAUUUAAGUAAUUACUUUUUUCUCCCCUACGAAUGCAUAAUAUCCAUGACAACAAAUGAUGCUUUUGCUCGCGUGCAUUUUACGAAAGUGACAAACUAUGGAAGACGUUGAUAUUAUAGAAAGAGAAGAAACUCCGAACGAAAUAAUCGAAAGAGUGAAAAAAUUCCUCCUCAAUGGCUGUGGUUGUUUGCGUGGUUCCAAAGGAGGUCCCCGCUCCAGAGAAUUUAAAGAAGAAGUGGUGUUAUUUAAUCUGAAUAUCUGUCUCGAGUUGACAAGUGGAGAGCUCGACUUGAUAAUUUUAGCAAACAUUCAAGCCUUCAGCGGCAACAACUGCAUUGGAACGAAAAGAAGCAGAAGUUCCAGGUGUACCUACCAGUUUCAGUCCGUCUCCAUCUGCAAAGAAAUGUUCAUUCACCUUAAUGGUAUCGGUUAUAACCGACUUUGUCGUCUCAAGGAGCAUUAUGAGAGAUAUGGUAUCCAUCCGCGAACUCACGGCAACACCAAAACACUUCCCAGUAACACCCUUCCACAGUCAAACACAGAGAAUGUUCAUCGUUUCCUUACCAAUUACAUUGAGGAGAAUGCAUUUGUGCUACCAGGGAGAAUACCAGGAUUCAAGCAGGAAGAUGUUCAGGUGCUGUCUCCGAGCGAGACAAAAACGAGUGUUUGGCACGUCUACACUGCCACUUGCAAAGCUUCUGGAGAACAAGCAGUUAGUUACAGCAAGUUCAUAGAUCUUUGGCAUCAGUUUUGUCUGAAAGUUGUUUGGCGAAACCCAUGACCGAUCUAUGCUUGACAUGUCAACAGAACACCACCAAGCUUGUACGGGCCACAAACCUUCCUGAGCACGAAAAGGCUGACUGUAUUAAAGCACAGCAAGAGCAUUUGGACUGUGCCCAGGUCAAAAGAGAGUUUUACAGGAAAACUUGCUCAGAUGUAGCCAUGACUUUCAGUCAAACAGAUGCGGAGACAAAUCUAAACGAAACGCAAGAGCCGUGUUCAUUCAAUGGCACAAUGCACUACUCCUUUGACUAUGCACAACAAGUGCACUUUCUAAGUAACCCAAUGCAACCAGGACCGAUCUGUUUUAAGACCCCAAGAAAGUGUGGGAUUUUUGGAGUUAUGUGUGAAGCUGUACCGCGUCAAGUGAACUAUUUGAUUGAUGAGGCUGGUGCAGUCGGUAAAGGAGCCAACGCAACCAUUAGUUACGUUCACCACUUUUUCACUCGUCAUGGCCUUGGGAAAACAGACAUUCACUUACAUGCUGACAAUUGUGCCGGACAAAAUAAAAACAAUUACUUUUUGUGGUAUUUAGCAUGGAGGAUUGCCACUGAACUUCACCAGUCUAUCAAGUACUCUUUCCUAAUUGCUGGACAUACUAAAUUUGGUCCAGAUCGUUGCUUCGGAAUCCUGAAAAAGGCCCACAAGGUCAGUUUCAUUUCGUCAAUUUAUGAACUUGCUCGAAUGGUGGACACCUCAAGCAACACAGGAGUGAACAAAGCCCAACUGGUAACGACGCACAAUGGCCAUGUUAUAGUUCCUGCAUACGACUGGUGUACUUUUCUGGGACAAUAUUUCAAAAAAAUUGUGAACAUAAAAAAUUUCACCAUUUCAGAUUUUCCAAGGAUGAACCAGGUGUUGUUUACUGCCGAGAAUAUUUGACAUCCCCGGAACAAGCGUGUGCCUUACUGAAGGAUGGUGCUGUGAUCCCACCUGCUUCUGUUCUUCCGCAGAAGAUCAACCC